AUGGCUCGCGGACUCCCCGGCUUGGACCGCGUUGGCGGCAAGAAUGCGAUCGGCCUUUCUAUCCUUGGCAUUGGCGCGCUCCUCGGCUUCAUCGGCUGGUGGGUUGCGUUCAUUUCGCAGUGUGUUGCGGAGUCGCGUGGCCACUUUAGCCGUGCUCGCCACGUCUGGUUCACGGUCUGGAUCGACCUCGCGCUGGUUAUUGCCGUGAUCUUUUUGAUGGUCACUGGCUCGGUCGGCUUCUUCAAGCCGCUGCUCAUUCCUUUCCUGAUUGUCGGCAUCGUCAUGUCGGUGCUCGGCACUGAUCUCUGCAUCUACAGCUCCUACGGCGACAUGCAGGCCGUCGGUGCUGGCUACCUCCUGCUCGCCAUCGCGUGCAUCAUCUGGCUCCUGUACCUUACCUAUGUCGAGAGCACCGAGGGCAACGCCGUCGGUGGCACCUCGGGCGGCUUCACCGGCGCCGGCCUCGGCUCGGGCUCGGCCACCGCGACGGGCGCGGGUGUCGGCGCGGGUGUCGGUGCCGUUGGCGCGGGUGCCGGUGGCGCGCUUGCCUCGGCUGGCAACGGCGCGACGAGCGGCUUCGGCAACCUCCGCAACCGCUUCUCGCUCGGCAAGAACUCGACGAGCAAGGUGCCCGGCCUGAACGGUGGCAACUUUGGCGCGGACCAGAUCAACAACUCUGUCGACAAUGCAGGCAUCCCUUCGGGCCAGAGCGUGCCGACGGGUGUCGUUUCGCACUCCCCGAGCGUGCCGGACAACAGCGCGCAGAUCCGCGCUGUGGACAGCUCGGUGGUGCCCGAGUCGCUUCCCUCGCAGAGCCAGUUUGCCACGCCCGGUUCGCACGGCCCCGCCAACGGCUUUGGUGGGCUCUCGACCGGUGUGUCGAACAGCAACCUGGGCAUGAACAGCGCGUCGAGCUACCCUCCCCAGUUUGGCGGCGACGCGUCGCUCGCUCCCCCGAUCCUCGCUGGCAACCCCACCACGCUCGAGUCGGCUGCGCCGCAGGGUGCGCCCCAGUCGCUCGAGACCGGUGCGCCGCGCGUGCAGCGCGCCGAGGCCCUCUAUUCGUACAAGGCCAGCGAGGACGACCCGACCGAGAUUUCGUUCAACAAGGGCGACAUUCUCGAGAUUGUUGAUUCGUCCGGCAAGUGGUGGCAGGCGCACCGUGCCAACGGCGAGCUCGGUAUCGUGCCGAGCAACUACCUCCAAAUGCUGUAA